UCCGUCGAGUUUUUCUCUGAUUGAAGAAUAGAUGGAAACUAUUUAUAUCUAUUUUGUCUUAGUAUCUCAGUUUAAUUCCAUGUGCGGGAUCUUCCACAGCUUCUAAAUGGGAGCGUAUUACUGCGCCAUAUGCAGACAAACAACAUUUACCGGGAAAGCGCAUAUCUUCGGAAAAAGCCACCAAAGCAGACUGAGAGUCGUUCUCCUCAAGUUUCUCGAAAAGGUGAAAGAAGCUCGCCGAACGCUUAAAAAGCCCCAAGUGGAAAAGUUUGAUUGCACCCAACAUGAGCAGAAGUUCUGGUGCUACUGCUGUGGGCUGGAAAUCCAGAGAAAUGUCACGGACGGCAACAUGACGGUGCUACACGGAGGCUUGUUGGAACACAUGGCUACGUCAGACCACAGGAAGAAUACACACAAGUUCUGGUGGGACAACAAGGCCGACCCAAAGAUUAGAGAUCGGUUCAUCAUCACAAAGGAGGAAACUGAAAGGUUUAAAGCCCACGUCUCUGAAGUUUUAGAAACAUUCGUGGAGAAAGAGGAUGAAUACAUCAAACAGCAAGCUGAUCACAUCCGGGCCCAGGAAAAGCAGCGGCAGGAAGUCUUUCAGGCUCUCUUUGAGCGCGAUGCAGAGCUGGACUCAUUCAACGGACCCAACAGCUCCACCACACCCGCGGUGGAUUCUUCCAGCAUUCAGUUUUUGCCACAUGGAUCUGACCAGCAGGCAGGGAGCAGCUCCGUUGACUCCAUGGUGGAAGCCCCAUGGGCUGCAGCAGGACACGGCUUGACAUUCAUCGGAUAUCAGGAUUCAUCAAGUGGUGGAAACGUUCAUACAGGAGCCGUCCCUCCUUGGCUCCAGGACGAUCCUCAGGAAGGGACCUCCGGAGUGGCUGCGCAGCCAGAGAUCGGCCCAUCGCUCCAGGAGUUCCUCAAACAGAAGGAACAAGAGAAGCUGAGAAAACUUCCUCCCAACAGAGUUGGGGCCAACUUCGAUCACAGCUCACAUACAGACGCCAACUGGUUGCCUUCCUUUGGGAGAGUGUGGAACAGCGGCCGCCGCUGGCAGUCCAGGCACCAGUUCAGACAAGAGGAAGGAAAGAAGAGCAGACAGAAGAGGAGGAGGGAACACGGCACAGAGGGCUCAAAGAAAACCAAAACUUCUCAGCAGCUGACUAAUUCUGAUCACACCGCAACCUGACUGUGAGGACUCGGAAGUGACAAUUAAAUACGUGUAAAUAUGACAGUUUUGACUGUUUUGUAACAAGUCUUAUAAGCAUCAGAUGCAGUUUAAAUUUUUUUUUCUGUAACAAUAAACUGCAUCAUCCUGUAACUUGCUGAUUCACAGUGAUAGAGUCAGAGUAGAUGGUUGCUGCCACUCUAUUUGUCAUAAAGCAGCUGAGUGUAUUAAAGUGAGAAAGCUGUGACGUGAGACCAACUGGAUUACUAACAACGAGAUUCUUGGACUGAGAAAAAGCCACGGUGUAACUGUUACAUCAAGUCAACACAAGGUGGCGCCAUAUACUCAACAACACUGCCUGUCUCUGUGUUGACAUGUACUUACAUGCUUUAUACAACAGUGUUUUUCUCCAUAGAAGUGGAACCCCCUUCAUGUAAAAUGGAUUAUUCUGUGCUUUAUAUUUCACUUCCCAUGAAUCAGUUUAUAAAUUAUACUGAAAUGCACUCCAAUAUUUUCCUUU